ACGCGCACAACACCGAGAGGACAGCUCAGCCGGCUCCCAGCCUGCACUCAUCAGUCCGGCUACUCCACUGUACGGAGCACAAGUUUUUUGCAGAGUUCACUUCUCUUCCUCUGACUCGGAGCGGCACCACGGAGCCUUCUGCACGCAGACAGGAUGUCGGAACUUUCCGUCAAUGACCACCUCGAAGGGAUUUUAUCCGAUUUUGAAGCGCUGAAGAGAUCCUUUGACAUUGAAGAGGUGGACGACAUACCAUCGUUCUCUACAGCUACCGCCGUCUCCACCCCCGUUUCUCCCUCAUCCCCCCAUUUCUUCCUGAACCACAACAAAGCCAGUGAGGGGCGGGGAGGAGGAUGCCAGUCCCCUUCAUUAGCCUUCAACAACAACAACAACAAUCUGGGCUCUACAGCCCACCACUCCCGCAUCAGCCUGAGUUCCAAUCCAAGCCCAGUGCUUAAGUCCCGUUCUGUAGUCAGUAGCUUGUCGUUCAACCGAGGAACCAUGAACAAGCCGGCCAUCCACAACAACGGCUCCUCCGUGACCAGAGCUGCAUCCUUCCAGAGCAAGUUAAACCCCAGCAAUUACUCCAUGUCUGGGCCAGGCAGUGACAACGACAGCCUACACAGCUCCACAUCCAGUCUGGAGUACUCUGGAGGGUGUGGAGGUGCCCUUCCCCCUACUAAACUGGGGUCAUAUUCCAGCCCUCCACCUCAAGGAGAGUACCACCGAACCCAGCCCCAGUUCCCACAUCACCUAGAGGGAGGUGCCAACCUGGAAAGAACCCCCAACCUAAAGAAUUUCUCCUCCCAUGGGAGUGUUUUCCACUCUGAGAUGGACCAGGGGCCAGGGAUGAUGCUGGGUGUUCCAGAACCUCAGGGGGUGAACCAUGGCUCCAUGCCCAGCCUAGACCUCCAGAUUUGUGAUGCAGGAGGUGGAAUGGUGAGUAUGCAAAGGGGUAGCGGUGGAGACAGGAUAUCUCCAGGGUUGAGGUAUGCCAAUGCUAAUGCCAACUGGAAUGGUCGUCUUCAUAAUGCCAGUUCCUUUGGGGAGGAGGGCUACUGUGGCUCCAAAAACCACUGCCAGCAGCAAAGGCCCCAGAUUCUCAAGGCUAUGCAGCCCAAGGCCAAAGAGACUCCACGUCUUAACAAGUUUCCCUUAGACCUGGACAGCUUGGUAAGCAGUACCUCAACCUCUUCUCCCACCAAGGCUCAAGGGGGAUCCAUGAGCCACCCCCCCCCCAAGCCUCCUCCAAGGAGCACAGGAGGCUUCCAACAACACACCAGCCCACCAUCCACCUCAGCCAGCCCUUCAGCCUCUCUCAGCAGCCUGGAAAGUUCUUCUGACAUCCCACCCCUCUCCCUUCACCAUCCCUUUUUGCCUUUCUCUCCAACUCUCUCACAGGGCUCCAUCCCUGUCACAGAGAUGAUAAGCUCCCCAGUGCCCCUUUCUCCAGCCCAGAGCCUAAAACUGGAGAUUCCCUCAGGGCCUUGCUCAGUUGCUCAGGUGGUCUCCAAUCUGCUUAGCCCUUACAGCCCUUCCAGCCCAUCCAGCCCCAGAGCCAUUCGGUCUUUGGAGGAUGGAAAAGAUACUGUAGGAACAAUCUUACAGAGGAUCGCUUCUUUCUCCCGGAAUGUCUCCACUGACACCAUUCCAGCAGCUGUCCAAGCUGCUACAGUCCAAAGCAAUUGUGGGUCGUCAUUUGGAUGUCCUGCUGAGACCAGACCGACAUGGAAACAGGGGAAGAAGAAACAUGAAGAAACUGCUGGAGAGCUGGAGACAGACACGCUCACUCAGAUGGAGGAGGAGAAGGAGAGAGGCAUCAUGGGACAAGAGCAAGGAGAUGAGGGCAAGAACCAAGAACAACCUGCCAGCGGCAACUCCCAGAAUUUCAUGACAGAAAAAGAGGAGAACUGUGUUGGGGUUUGUACAAAGAUGGAGGAGAAGGGGAAGGAGAAGGGAAUGGAGGAAGGAGAGAUGCAGAAAGAAGUGGAGCUGGAGGCAGAGAUGAAGGUGGAGCUGUGCCAGUCUGUGCCAGGCCUGCAGAUGAGCUUCAUCCAGGGCACUGACCUGUUUGGCUACGUGGGCAUCGAGGCAGUACUGGACCAGAUGAGGAGCAAGACAAUGAAGGCCGGUUUCGAGUUCAACAUCAUGGUGGUUGGUCAGAGUGGUUUGGGGAAGUCCACGCUGGUCAACACUCUGUUUAAGUCUAAAGUCAGCCGGAAGUCCUGCACGCCAAACUAUGAAGAGAAGAUCUCCAAAACAGUCAAACUGCAUACAGUCAGCCAUG